CAGAGGACGAGCCCUGUGACUGGAGCGUGACUCAUGCUCAAAACUGUGCACCUUAUUGACGCUCCGCUGUUCACGACGGAUGAGGAGAGUGGAUAUGUCAAUAUAUGUUGACGUAAAAGGGACAGCCACGGUAACGGCGCGGGGACGUCUGCUAUCAGAGAAUGCCACUGCAAUCAAAUAUCACGCAUGCAUUAGUUCAUAGCAGUACACAAGUAGGCCUAUUUGUUCCGCUUGUUAGGUAUCUAGUUUUUAACCUUGAAUCAUAAUUCUGGGCCUAUUUCCAAUUCCUUCGUUUGAUUAGAAAAUGCCUCUCGUACAGAAUCAACAACCCGGAAUUCUGACCGAAACACCUAUGGGAUCAUUCAAACAGAGGAAACGGAAGUCCAUCAUGGUCACUGUGAUGUUGCUCAUUGUGUCUGUGCUCAUCCUUGUCUUUGGACUGGCAGCCACCACCAGGACACAGAACAUCACCGUCGGUGGCUACUACCCUGGAGCCAUUCUGGGCUUUGGCUCCUUUCUCGGAAUCAUCGGUGCCCAUUUGAUAGACAAUAAGAGGCAGAUGCUGGUGGCGUCCAUUGUGUUCAUCAGUUUCGGAGUGGUGGCUGCCUUCUGCUGUGCCAUUGUGGAUGGGGUGUUUGCAGCAAGACACAUUGACCUUAGACCUUACUACGCCGGUCGCUGUGAUUUCUACGCCAAUUCAAAAUCCUCUGUUGAUUAUGAAGAUGUUCACUGCCAGACAGCGUCCCGGGCUACCUGUAACUUACGUGUGAAAUCCAAUACCUGCUACUGCUGUGACCUCUACAACUGUGGCAAAGAACAUCCUCUUUUGGGACAUGCGAGUAAAGAUGUUUUGAAAAAGUUUAGAAAAACGUCCAUGAUUUGGAACCGUGUGGAGCUGAUGGGGGGCUACCACGAGUACACGGAGGUGGGGAGUUGCGAGGACGUGGUGCACCUCUACCACCUGUUGUGGUCCGUCACCAUUCUCAACAUCAUCGCUCUCUUCCUGGGCAUCAUCACCGCCGCCGUGCUGGGAGGCUUCAAGGACAUGACGCCCAUGCUGACCCCUGACUCGUGUGAAUCAGAGCCCCUUCCAGCAGCCCCUGUCCCCUCAGAGUUUCCAGCUCCCAGCACCUCCUCCUUCAACUCCUACUACAACACUGCCACCUACCUGCCACCCUACACUGCCUACGACCUGCAGGGCUCCAGCAUGAUGUUUCUUGACUCUUCUGGCAUGUCUGAUGACUCCCAGUCAGGGGCUAGCCACAUGUGGCCCACCCUGGUCCCCCCACGCUACUCUCCCCCUUACUUCCCCCCCGACGAGAAGCCCCCACCAUACAGCCCCUAGGAGAGUGGCUGGGCCUGGGAAAGAACAGGGGAGGGCAUCCAGCAUCAUCUCCUCUUUUGCCAGCUGCAUUAGCAACAAUGGGCAUGGAUGGUUGUUAGUGGGCCUUGAAUUUGAACCUGUUUGAAAGAGAGCUGCUGCUACAUCUGGCGCUCCAAACCGUUCUUGAGCAGCCAAGCCUGCCUGAGCUGUGUUGUGUAUACAGAGACAAGGAGUUAGUGGAAGAAAAAAAGAGCAUGCGUCACUGAUGUGACUAGAAGCCAGUGCCAUUUGUCAUAGGAGGGCUGCGAGGCGUCAUUCACCCCCCAAUAAGUAUAGCCUGUUAGGAUUCAGUUAAGCCCAACCUGGAUGGAGCGGGGGAUAUAGCAAGAUGCUGCUUGCCCUACACACUUUGCUCAGCAGACUCUGUCGGUGCCAGUUCGCUCCCUACAUCUUUCCCUUGGCCCUAACUCUUCCAUGUUUGCAUUUCUGAGGUGUCUGGAUAGGUAUAAGCAGUGUAGUGGGGGAUGUAAACAUCCUAUCAUUUACACCUUACAGUUCUGCAAACAUCGAAGGGUAAGCGCCAAGGAGAAGGGGUAAGGAGCGAAUUGGGAUCGGCUGUACGUGUAUCGAAAACAAGCGGACCUCGCUCAAGAUACCAGGACUGUCUACAGAUGUGCCUCAUCCAUAUCUGUGGACUCUCAGAGAAGCACCAGUUAUCCUGACCAGAUUAGAAGCUCUCCUCCUUGGACAAUGUGGUCUCCUCCCUCUGACUCGCACCUCAGUCUGUCUCUCUCUCUGCCUUACUUAGUAUACUAUGAAUGCUUCCUGUCAAAAGUGGCACCGUGAUUGAUCCUUAUUUUUUGCAUUGCCUUUUCUCAAAUGGCAUGACACUGGUGUCGUGGUUUGGGAAUGGUUUGUCUGAUUUGGGACUGAUUGACACGCCUUGGUAAUGUUACGUUGAACAGUAUUAACACUAUGUUAGGUUGCUUUCAAGCCCAACUUUUAGCGUAUUUCCAUUAGGACUAAAAGCGUAUAGCCUGUAAUUUACUGUACAUCAUUAGAAAUAUCAUCUGUAACGGUGCUUGAACAUAUGUAAAGGUACACCAUUUUAUCUUGUAGUGCAAUGUAAAAUGAAGGUAUUGAAGCAUAGAUAGAUCACAGUUCACCCUAUUACCCUUUAUCUCACGUUAUUGUUGUUCGUAGAUUGUGAGCAGGGUGAUAACAGAGCCAAUAAUUAAAAAAUAAGCCUUUGUUGCGGGGUGGAUUUGGGGGCAAUCUAUGGAGCCAGAUAUCUAUGUAUCGUUAGGAUCGUAAGAAAAUCCAUAUGUACAUUUUUAGGAUCGUAAGAAAAGCCAUGCAUGAAACAUGAAACAUAAACGUUAAAAUAGAUCUGUAAAUGUACAAACCCUAUGUUAUGACUAUGAAUGAACAUUUACACGUUAAAUUCUUACUUCACGUCUCCCUUUACUCGUUUACAGAUAUUUUUAUGCGUACAAACUUUUGUCAGUAAUGUGGCAUCUGCAAAGGACAUGAACCGAACGUAGCUAGUCGAAGUUAGCUAGUCAAUCAAGCAACUCUAGCCCAGACGUUAAGAGUUGGUUUAGGCUAGGCCUAUUCCACUAUCUAAAUAUGCCAUGCUAUUUUUAUAGCCGCGUCGGGCUAUUGUGGUGAUCAUGUAACCUAAUGAAUCACACUUUUUCCAGUAUUUGGGAGCACGGACUGUAGGCCUUAUAUUAGUCAUUUUGACUGUUGUAUUAGUGAAUUCAACUCUGUAUGUAGGCUUGUUAUAGCCAUUUGCGAUGCACAACCCCAUCACGCAGAGGAUAUAUCCAUAUCAAUAAACGAGACAAAACAAAAUAUUGAUUACGUCUUGGCUAUAACCUGUCCUGAGCAAAAUAGCCAAGGGGUCCCAAAUGGUCAAGACUUCCUAUAGCCUAUUCUUAUUGCCAGAUCCGUUUUCCCUGUCAGCCACUGCACGUGCUUCUUCAACUAUUUUGUUAAAAUUUAUUUAGAGGCUAUAUUUAGAGGCCUGUGAGCUAGGGACUCUUUUUAAGGGGAGCCCUAUAAUAAAAACAGUUAUAAAACACAAAUAGAGUUCUACAAUUAUUCCGCAAGACACCAGUACCCAAAAUGAUAGCCUAAAUUGCAAUACCUACAAGUUGAAGGCCUAUUUUUCAUUUGGAUAGGCCUAAAUUAAAUAUUUAAUUAUUAAAGUGAUAGGCUAAAGAAUUUAGAAGAUUUUGAAUACACAUGGAUUUCAAUGAACAAAUGGAUAAGACUGUUCUAUUCUCUUUGAUUUAGUUCCUAUUGCAACUCAGACAAAUGACUGAAUGGGUGACAUACUGACUGACUGCACGAAUGAUGAAUUAAAUGUUGAAAUAUGUUGGAAUGACGAGUUGCACGCAUCAUGCAUGCUCUGCACUUUAUUUGGCUAGGAGGCAAAUAGGCCUACAUUAGGGUAUAAUGACUCUAUGACUGCAUGCCUCCAGAAGGGCAUCUUCUGAGGCUGAGGGGUGUUUUUCUGAAGGCGCAUGGUGCUGUAUGGAGAUCACAAGCUCUUCAACUGGGCAGCAGUGUUGCGAUGGCGGGAAUAGCCUAUACGGAGACUGCCUAAUACCACUGCAACAGAGUUAUUGUAAAGUGUAGGAAUAAGCUUAUGCUAGACUUAGCCUACGUUGAACCUCGCCCUUGUUCAUUUCAAAGUACAUAUGUUCAUGACCCAAUUCAUAUUAAUCAUAUCAAAUUAUUUAAUAUUCAUAUUAACUCCUACAGAAUAUGCUGUGGCAAGAUUUUGAGUGAUGAAAUAAAUAUAAAAAUAUUGGAAAGAAAAAUAUUUUGAGUAGCAAAGACUCCAGUGGUCAUACAUAAUUCAAAGAUUCACCAAACAUCUAAUUAUUAUAUGUUUCAUUAUUCCUGGUAUAUACUACUGGUUAUGAUUGCAGACAGAGCCCAGAGAAUUGGAUGGUGCAAUAUUGAAUGUCAUAUUUUGAUAAGGUGCAUGCAUGGGGAUGUCCACGUCACCCAGCGAUAUGCCCAUGCUGUAGAGAUACACCUAGCGGUGAUGACCCUAUUAUAGUUGAAAUGAUCGUUUAUUCUAUUGAACACCUUAAAAAUAAUAAGUCUCCUGGGACUGACGGUAUAUCUGCUGAGUUUUACAACACUUUUUCUCAACAUUUUGCCCCUUUUCUGUUGGAGGUCUUUUCUGAAAGCAUCCCAAAUAAUGCUCUACCUCCCAGUUUGACUCAAGGUCUGAUUACAUGAAUCCCUAAACCCUAGAAAGACUUGCUUCUGCUCGAUAACUGGCAUCCAAUCUAAAUCAAAUCACAUUUUAUUUGUCACAUACACGUGUUUAGCAGAUGUUAUUGCGGGUGUAGCGAAAUGCUUGUGAGCUAGUCACGAGGCCCCCAUCUUCGUCGGCGCCAAGAUCUGUCUGCUCAACCACGACUACAAAAUAUUAGCCUCUAUAUUUGCAAAAAGAAUGAAAGCAGUAUUGGACUCAAUUAUAGAGGAGACCCAAUCUGGCUUCAUGCGGAAUAGACAUAUAUCUAAUAAUAUCCGACUGGUGUUGGACCUUAUUGACUAUUCUCACCUAAUCUUUGAAGAUAGUUUUAUUGUCUUCUUAGACUUUUAUAAAGCCUUCGAUACAGUGGAAAAUGAGUUUCUAUUUCUCUCCCUGGAGAAAUUUGGUUUUUGGGAAUUAUUUUGUAGUACUUUUAAAACUCUUUAUAUGAAUGGGAACAGUUCUAUUAAAUUAAAGCAUGCACUUCUCCUAGAUUUGAUUUGAAAAGAGGAAUUCGGCAAGGUUGCCCAAUUUUACCUUAUCUCUUUUUUAUUAAAUCCAGUGAUAUUCAACGGAUCUCUAUUGCUGACAGAGAUAUUAUCAUAAAUCAGCUUGCAGAUGACACCACCCUCUUUUUGAAAGAUGCUGACCAGAAUCCUAGAGCAGUCGAUGUGAUAAAUAUUUUUUCAAAGCAUCUGGUCUUUGCCUAAACCUUAAUAAGUCUGAAUUGUUUGCUGUUAAAAACUGUGUGAUACCCUCUAUCUGCAAUAUUCCAGUCAAGGAAAAAGUAACAUACCUUUGGAUUACCAUAUCUAAGGAUCAACAGGAAAGAUGCUCAUUAAAUUUCAUCCCCAUUACUGAAAAAAAGAAAGAAAGUUGCAGAGCGAUUUAUCCUUGAAAGCUGAGGGUAUCUCCAGACUUACUUAGGCAGCCCAGUCCCUACAUCUUGACAACAAAAUAUGUAAAGCGGUUGACCAGAUGCUUUUCAACUUCAUCUGAAAAAUUCGUACACAUUAUAUUAGGAAAUCUGUCGUUAUGAACACAUUAAUAUUGUGGUCUCAAUUUUUUUGAUUUUCCUACUUUGAAUAAUACUUUUAAGAUAAAUUGGGCUGAACAUUUCUUAAAGAAUCCAACUUCAAUUUGGAAUCUCAUCCCUCAUAUCUUCUCCCAUUUUGGUGGCUUCAACUUGAUGUUACUUUGUAACUAUAACAUUGAUAAGAUUCCUACAAAAUUAUUCUUAGCGUGGUCAUUAAAAUAUAAACAUAAUUUUUCUCCAUAUAGGUAUUUCAUUUGUAACAAUAAGGAUAUUUUGUAUAGAAACAAGUCUAUUUUUUAAGAACUGGUUUAAUAAUCACAUCCUGCUGGUGAGUCAACUUUUUAAUGCAGAAGGAUGAUGAUUUUUUUCUCUCGUUACAAUAUCCCUGUUACACCUAGAGUUCACCAGUCUUUGACGCUAUUCCAUCUGGAACUCUGUUUGUUUAGAGGUGUAACCAGACCUCACCUUCUUAAUACCCUUGCUUAGUCCAGUUGACUCUCCAAUAGAAAAAAUGUGUUUCUCCUUGCUCCCCCAGAACAACAGAUCUAUACGUGCUGUAUUUCAAAGUGAUGUUACUGGAAUACAUUGGUCAAUAAUAUCUGUUGGAAAAAGGUUGGGUUAUUACCACACAAAUACCUGCUAGUUAACAAAGUCAAAGAGGUCUCUUUCAGAAUUAUCCAUAAGUAUUACCCUGCGAAUCAUUACCUGAAGAAACUCAAAAAAGACAUGAACAUUAACUGUACGUUUUGUGUUGAGCAUCCAGAAACCGUUUUGCAUUUAUUUUGACAUUGUCUACAUGUAAAGAAAUUAUGGCAAGAUAUUUGUAGUUUUAUAAUUGUUCAUAUUCUUGAUUACUUUUGUUUAUUAUGGGAGAAUGUGCUGCUCGGUUUCCUUAACUAUAAUAAGGUUAAAGAAAAACAUAUGUUCAAAUCUAAAUUGUGCUAAUGGCAAGAUUUCAUAUUCAUAAAUGUAAAUUCACUAAUAAAAAACAACUCUUCCAUGUUUUCUAUAAGGAGUUCGAGCAGUACUUUAAGACCAUUCUACAUUCUUCCAAUAAGAAAACCGUUAAAACAAUCAAUACCUGUGUGUCUUUUAAGGUCUUUGUAUAAUCUGUAAUUUGUUGUACCCCCUAGCAUAUGUUAUCAUUGUCUGUUUGUAUACUUCUUGUAUGUAUACUGGUGUUUCUGCAACAACAACAAAAAUAUAUAAAUCAAUAAAAGAGGUACACCUAGCGGAUUGAAACUUCACUGUGGUAGUCAUAAUACAGCUAGUGCCAUCUAGACUUGCGCCGGCAAACAAAUCCAUUACGUUAACUACCUAAAUGUAAAUUAAACGCAACUGAGGAGUAAUAGAGAAUGGAGACUUUUAACUUGAAAACAUACAGGAUACCUCUUUCUGGUUUCCCUGACUUCCGUUUUUUUUAUACUGUUAUGCUUGUUUGGGUAGCACUCCUCACAGGCCGUUUGGUGUACGUUUUUUUGUUUGUUGGUGAGAUGAAACUGCCAAAACACAAGAUUUGUUCAAGCCUAAAAUGUUAGUCCGUAAUCGUAACAUGGUGUUUGUAUGUUCACAGAUGAAAUUUCACAUUUACGUUCAUGUUUCACGCAUGGCUUUUCUUAUGAUCCUAACAAUUUAACUAUGGAUUUUCUUUGAUCCUAAUGAUAUGUACGUUCAACCUUUUGGCAGGUAUCUGGCUCCAUAAGAAUCUGAAACUGAAAUUAUCACUCCGAACAUUAUUUAUUUUAUAAGUUGUAAAGGGACUAAACACUAAACUCUCCUGUCUCUUUAUGGAUGUAAUAUAAUAGGUUAUUACACAUGAACACUUGAAUAUACCAAAAUAACACCCUUUUGUGUUGUCUUAGUCACAAAAUGCAUUGACCUCAAAGUAAAGUGCAGCCUCUUGAGAUGAUCGAUUAAAGAAGUCAGCUUUGUUUUUGCAUCAUUUGUUUUGAACAGUACUUUCUCAACCGCUGAAGAUGGACUUCUGGAGUGGAUUGAUUGACUGGAGUGGAUUGAUUGUCUCGCCAUUAAAAGUAAUUGUUUGUGUAAAAUGCUUGUACGGUGUUAUUUUCCAUAGACAACAUAUAGGCUAAAUAGUCAACAUGCAUCAUACGUAAUUAAAUACCUACCUCACAAGGUGCAUUUUAUUUUCCUUUUUUGAAUAACAGCAUCCACCAGAGAAAAAAUGCCAAUGGAGGGACCUUCAUGACUAUGGGAGUUAGGACAACUAUCAGAUUUAUACUCUUUCAUACUAAAAAGGCCAUAUCGUCGUCUCAUUCUAUAGGUUUCUUCCAUUCUGUCAAAAUGAGGCACACUUUUUUUAUUUCAUUAAUAUUUGUUUAGCACUAUACCUAAUAAAUACUUUUUUAAAACAAAUAAACAUUUUCUAAUGAAAAAGGUCACAAUUAUGUACAAGACACACCGCUGUUAAUCGUGUAAUGAUUCUUUUAGCCAUAAAAGUUGGAAGUGAAGGACAUCCUGAAGCAGCUCUCUACAGUCCAACUCCAUUCAACUACAUACUAACAAGACAGGGAAGGAAAAAGGGACAUAAAAAAAUCUGCAGCACAAUCCUGCACUAGGUGCUAUAUCAUAACAGAAAGAAAUGGUUUUCAAGUUACAUAAUUCCUAUGAUACACUAUGUAGGCAAACUGUAUACAUAGAGUAGGAGGUAGCUGACUAAACUCAACUCCAUGGUGAAGGAAGUUUCUGAUGAACUCCACAAACGGAGUUAAGCAGAGACCAGGCUUUAUGGAAUUCGCUUCGCCCAAGAUCAAUAUAAAUUAUGAAAUGCAUACCUUGUACCUAUGUUUGUCCUCUGUAGUUGCGUACCUUUCUUUGUUUUCUGAAAUCCAUACUUUUUAAUAAAAUGUUAAUAAAAUACAGCCACUGACCGUUUCCUUGUUGAGAUUCAUCUAAGAGCAACAGCAAUGAGGAAACAGUCGGUGGUUGUUUUUUAAAAUCACGUUUAAUUAAAAAGUAUGGAUUUCAGAAAACAAAGGGAUGAACGACAUCCAUUAAUUCCAUCAAUAUCCUUUAUCCUGAUCCAAUCUCUGUUCAAACAACAAACAUCAACUGCUACCAUUCAGCACCACUGUACAUUUUAUCUUCCUAAAAGGCAUACAAAAUUAAGAUCUAACAAUAAAUACAUGUGUAUGCCUAGAUUUAGGGUCCUUCUGUUGAACUGCAUGAGCACUCCAGACAGAGUACUCACAAAUAUUUACCAUUAAAAAGGGUAAGUAGAAAUAAAAUGAGCGCCAAUACAUAGUUCAAUGACGAGGUUGAUAAGAACAAAAGUCACACUACACUCUGGAUGGGCUAGCUAGAGCACAUAGGAAUUUCCUACAAAACAACUACACUGAACAAAAAUAUAAACGCAACAUGUAAAGUGCUGGUCCCAUGUUUCAUGAGCUGAAAUAAAAAA